UGGUGAUCUGGCCCGGGGCUUUUUUUCGAAGUCUCCCCAAGAUAUCGAGAUCGACACCAAAGCUGCUCCAUUGCAGGCAUACCUCCAUGGCCGCGCAUCAAUGAGCGAUAACACCGGUCGCAGUUAAUCCCGCGAGACGAUAGCAUGGACAUGACAGCCGGCUGGAAGAAGAGCGAUGCAUAAGUCACGCCGGCGGCAAUGUGGCAGGACCGUAAGAGAAGGGCCAUUCUGUGCUGGUGAUGAUUGAACGAGAAAGUUGAGGUCUCACCUGGCGCUGUGUGAUACUGCACCCGGAGCGCAAGGCGAGCUGACGAGCCUUUGCGCUAGAUUGAUCUCCUUUGGAGCUAUCUGCCUCGGGUUUUCGGGAUAGGCAGAGAAGAGCAGAGAGGGCACAUUUUGCUCAGAUGUCCGCCACCAAUCCCCGUUGUCAGGUUCCUGCUGAUGGAAGGAUAUGGAACAGUUCUUACAGUCAUGGACUUGCAUUCUGCAACUAUCAAAGAGGGGGUCGGAUCGGCCACCGAUGCGAGGACUUAUUCCAGGAUUCGUCCAGGGCAUGUGACGACUGCACAAGGCACGUCAUUUCUGCAGGUGGCCAGCUGGUGCCGGUUGAUGGUCGCAUGACCAACGACCUUUUUUUCCCCAGUGAUAUGGUGAUAUCUUGUCCCCUCAGAGGCCAAGGCCAUCGGAGAUCCUGUUGUGAGUCACACGUACAGUCCCAUUCCCUUGCUUUAUUGUGGAUGCCAUCGAAGGAAAGUCGAGCACGGUGAAGC